CAACUUCAACGUUAUAGCUGUCGGUUCUCGCGUACUCUACUACUAUCGCGCUAUUGUCGCUGGAUGUGCGUGCUUCUGUGAUAUCAUCGUCUUCAGACUAGUCGCCCUUCGCCAUUAUCAUGUCAUGGUCAUGGUGACGCGCUCAUCAGAGCUAUUUCCUGUGUUGCUGGCAGUGUUGUCUUCCAUCGAUUCCGAUGGUGUUAGUGACGAUGCUCUGGAACAGUUGAGAUCUUUCUUCCCAGAUUCUUUAUUACUUGCCGCCUUGGACCUUAUAGAUCAAGAUAGCGUUAUAAAGUACAAAACACCUUGGGGUCGACCACAGUACGAAGUGCUAGGGUCAACCGCCUCAUACAGUGUCUUCCCCGAGCUACUGUCUCCUGGUCCAAAUCCACUUGGAUGCUACUGCACAUGCCCUGCCUUUGCAUACUCUGUAUUGCUGUCCGACUCUCAGCUCAUGUGCAAGCAUCUCCUCGCAACGCUUUUAGCCCAACGACUAUCCAGAUGUGUAGAGCGACCUAUCGAUCAGGACGACUUUGCUGCUGUCAUUGUCCGACAAUGCUCUUGAAUCACAUCCUGCUCUCAUUCAUACCAUCUAUUUGUGAUGUUGUUAUCAGCGUCAAGAAAUGUACUAAUGCAUAUACUCGG